AGAUGUCAGUUGUGAAGUUGUCAUUGUUGGCAAUGUCAGAUUUAAAAUAGUAAAAUAGCAAACCUAAGUUUAAUUUAAUUUAUUUCGUUCUUACUUACUUAAACAUAAAGAAGUCUAUCUCUCUUUAUUAUGUCACAAUGUAUGGAGAUCGACGGAAGUGUUUUAGAAGGGGGCGGACAAAUCCUUCGAAACUCUAUAUCACUUAGUGCCAUUCUAGGCAUACCGGUACGGGUUAUGAACAUAAGGGCAGGGCGAAGUAAACCCGGCUUAGCUGCUCAGCAUCUAAAAGGUAUUCAGUUGGUAGCAGAAAUGUGUAGAGCCAAACUCAAAGGUGCCAGCAUUGGGUCUACGGAUAUUGAGUUCAUACCUGGCAAGCUACGAGGAGGCCAUUAUGUA